CCAAUAAUAUUAUCCGAAAUUGCAGUAAUAUUAUCCGAAAUUGCAGUAAUUUCACUGAACCUAACCGGAGAGAGCCCCAAUCUUCCCAUGGAAGCUACUGACAGUCUCAACUAUUAUCCAGUCACUUUCCCAUUACUCACAUAAAAAUACACAACAGACUAGGGUUUUCAAAAUCCCCGCCAUUUUCUUUCCCUCUCCAAUGGUGGUAGGAGACAAAAACCCUGAGACCCCGUCGGCUCAAAAACUCUCACAAUCAGACUCCUCACAACAUGCCCCUCCAUGCCCUAACCCCCAGGAUGACGCGUCGCCCAAGAAUCAACCACAAACACCCAAAGAUUUCAUACUCUCAGUAGCCUCCAAGCUCACUUCUCAACCUCUCACCAAUCCUGAUCCUGACGUCUGGGGUGUCCUCACUGCUAUUUCCAGUCACGCCCGUAAACGCGCUCAGGGUAUUAAUAUUGUAUUGACCGGGGAGGAGCAUUGUAUUGGAAGGUUAGUUGAGGAUACGCGGUUUCAAGUUGAAGCGAAUGCUGUUAGCGGCAAUCAUUGUAAAAUAUUCAGGAAAAAUGCCGUGGCCGAGUUAUCUGAUGUAACUGUUUUCUUGAAAGAUACGAGUACGAAUGGGACCUAUCUUAAUUGGAAGAAACUGACUAAGAGUAGCCCUGAAGCCAAAGUUCAACAUGGGGAUAUUAUAUCCUUUGCUGCUCCUCCACAGCAUGAACUUGCAGUUGCAUUUGUAUAUCGAGAAGUUGUUAGGUCCAAUUCUUCAAUGGAAGGUGCAGUUGCAAAAAGAAAAGCAGAGGAUAUUGUUGGGGAAAACAAGAGAAUGAAAGGUAUUGGAAUUGGUGCUCCUGAGGGUCCUAUAUCUCUUGAUGAUUUUCGGAUUCUUCAACGGUCAAACAAGGAAUUAAGGAAGCAAUUGGAAAAUCAAGUCCUUACAAUUGACACCUUGCGCAACAAGCAGCAAAAUACCAUUGAUCGUCAUGAAAAUGAAAUAAAAGAGAUGAAAGAAUCUGUUGCAAAAUCGUACCUUGACCACAUUAAGGAAUUGCAAAAUAUGUUGGAUGCCAAACAAAAGGAGCUUGUUGAGGUCAAUAGAAUAUCAGCUGAACAAAAACAUGUCUUGGAAGACCUUAAUGAAAGGCUUACUGCUUCUAGGCAGUCAUGUAAUGAAGCAAAUGAAGUAAUGAAGAGUCAAAAGGCAUCCAUAGCUGAACUCGAGGCACAACUAGAAGAAGAACGAGAUCAGAGAAAAGAAGAAAGGCAAAAGGCUACUUCUGAUUUAAAGGCAGCAGUACAGAGAGUUCAGUCUGAGGCACAAGAGGAAGUCAAACGACUAUCUAAUGCUGCCUUGCAACGGGAAAGAGAGCUGCAAGAAGAAAUCAAUAAGCUUCAGGAAAAAGAGAAAAAGUGGUGCUCACAAGUAGAAACCUUGAUGCCCAAACUGGAAGAAACGCGGCAAAAAUUGGUUGCAUCUGACAAUAAAAUUCGCCAGCUAGAAGCUCAAGUUUGUGAAGAGCAACUGGCCUCGGCAAAUGGAAGAAAAAGAGUGGAUGAACUCGAACAAGAAACGUAUAGGCUGAGGAAAGAACUUGAGAACGAAAAGCAGGCGGCUCGAGAAGAAGCUUGGGCUAAAGUUUCUACCCUUGAACUGGAGAUAAAUGCUGCAAUGCGGGAUCUUGAGUUUGAAAGACGGAGGUUAAAAGGUGCCAGGGAAAGAAUAAUGCUUAGGGAGACACAGCUGCGGGCAUUUUAUUCCACGACCGAGGAGAUAUCUGGACUCUUUACCAAGCAGCAGGAACAACUGAAGGCAAUGCAAAGGACAUUGGAAGAUGAGGAGAAUUAUGAUAACACAUCAGUGGAUAUUGAUCUGAAUUUAAAUCCCAGGAACAUGGAUGGCAAUUUGGUGAGAGAAAAUGGAAUGACUUGGCAUCAUAGCAACAGCAGGGCAAAGGCUGGCUCAGGUCCUUCAGCUCGGAGAUUUGACAGGAACCAAACUGUUACUUCUAGUGAUGGAGCAAGUGUCACUGAGAGGCAUGACUGUGAUACCAGAAGUCAAGAAGACCAAAAUACUCAAGAGGAAGAAUUUACAAGUGCUGAGCAUCACGUUAAGUGCGGCUUUGGUUCUGAAAUUGAUGGAGUUGGCACAGCACCUGUUUUGGAAGGAGAAACCAUUGGAACGGAGCAAGUUCUUGAAACAGAAAGCCUUGGUGUUGAUGGGGAGAGGAAUUUUGAUUUGAACAAAUAUAGCUCUGUGGCUGGGGACACAAUGCAAGUUGAAGGUGAAGAUUGUGUGCAUGAAGGUGAUGAGCGCAUUCAGACAAUUCAUCAUGAUGGCUUGCAUCACUCUCAAUCAAGUAAUCUCCCUGAGAAUCAGAGGGAUGUGGAAGGUACGGAACCUGGAGGCAUAAUCAGAACACAAGACCUUUUAGCUUCGGAAGUUGUUGGCAGUUGGGCUUGCAGCACUGCUCCUUCAGUCCAUGGCGAUAAUGAAUAUCCUGGAAGUGGAGAUGACAAUGAGAAACGUGGUGCUGAUCAUCAUGAUUCUAAUGGUCAAGUGGCUGAGAGUCAAAGUACGCCAUCUUCUGAUGCUGUAGCCAUCCGAAGGAAUCGUGAAUGUCGAGCAUUAAGUGAGAUGAUUGGAAUUGUUGCUCCUGAUUUAAAAGAUCAGUUUGGCACUGAUGUGGAUGGUGAUUGUGAUGGAGGAAAGGAGAGACUCGGUUCUUCCUCUAACUCAGAUACGGAGGCUUGUUCUGACAGUAAUGAUAAUGAGGAAUGUGCCAAAGGUGGAUCUAUGUCGGAUACAGAGACUGAAUGUAGUGACAAACCUGCUGAGGAUAAAAAUCUGGAUGAUGCAAUGGAUGAAGAUACUGAUGCCACACAAGACGAUUCUCAGUGAUGGCACCAAGCAAAAGGAACGAAUACAGUAAUAGCUGUAAAUCUUGGAGGCCCAUUUUUUUUGAACUUCCACCUCAAACCCUCCAUCCCCAUCCCGACCCGACCUCUGUAUAACCAUUUUUUUUUUCCUUUCAAUUCCCUCGUUCUGUAUUUAUUAAUUACUUGUGUGUAUACAAGAACUUUCUUUUUGAACGACAAUCAUAGCAGCAAUUGGUACUUUGGCAAUGCAAGUAAAUGAUCAAAUGUAAUAUUUCA